AUGGACUACAGUACUCCCAGCGAUGGCAAAUCGAAAGAGGUGGUGAGGCUGUGGCGAGCGUGGAGGACUGUGCACGAGAUGGUGGCCGACAGAGAGUACGAGCUCGCCGAGGACGAAGUCAACAUUUCCCUGGAGCGCUUCCGCGACGAAUACUGCAAUCCCGAUGGAUCCGUCAACCGCGCAAAACUACAAUUCUCUGCCCGGCCGAGCGACUCCAUGCUCCGUAAAAACACGCCUCCCCCGACGGCGUCGAAUCCCGACCCGGUCCCCGACUGCGGCCCCGUCUGGAUCGAGUUCCUCACGGACAAACAGUUCGGUGUCGCCCAGAUUCGCCAGUUCGCCAAGCACACCAUCACCAAUAAAUACAAGACGGGCAUCAUGGUCACGCACGUCGCCCUCUCCCCCGCGGCCCGCAAAACUCUUGCUAGCGUGGAAAGCCUUGCCAAGAUCGAAUGCUUCCUCGAGGAUGACCUGCUCGUCAACAUCACCCACCACGAGCUCGUGCCGCGGCACGUGCUCCUCUCGCGCGAAGAGAAGACGGCGCUGCUCAAGCGAUAUCGACUCAAGGAGACGCAGUUGCCGCGCAUCCUGCAAAAGGACCCCGUCGCGCGCUAUCUCGGCCUGAAGCGAGGCCAGGUGGUCAAGAUCAUCCGCGUCAGCGAGACGGCCGGCCGGUACGCCAGCUACAGGCUCUGCGUCUAG